GUCCCCGUGUGGAAAUCCCCUUGACUUCUUGGGCUUUUUCCUUUUUUGUAAAAAAAAAAAAAAAAAAGAAAAAAAAAAAGAAAAAAAAAACUAUCGUUAGCGGACGUGUGUUACUUUUGAAAGCCUUCGCAAAACUGCAAGGGCUCCAAUACAGACCUGACACUAAAUAGAAAGAGAAGGUUGAAUGGCGCCGAAGACCGCUGCGGUGAGGCUGAGUGAAGUGGCUGAGAGAGGACUAGCCUGAGCAUCCGGGAGGGCUUUGUUAUUGCCCCGACAUAUUACACAGAUUCCACGUUGGUCGGUCAUCGGUGGCUGGUACCUCCUCCUCCUCCUCCUCCUUUCCUCCUCCUUGUUCCUCUUCCUCCCCACCUUCCACCUACCUGGCCACCCCUCCGCCAUGUCGCAGGGUCAGAACUUCCUCCCCAAAUUCCUGUUUGUGUCCAACCUGCUGAAGGCGGUGAAAAUCCGUCAGCGAGUGCCCAAUGAUGUGGUGAAACCGGCUGCCAACGGCGGCGUGAUGCACCACCUGCGCGGUAUGCACCGAUACACGCUGGAGAUGAUCGCCAUGAACCACUUCCCGCAGGCCUUCAGGGAGGUAGUGCAAGCUGCCAUCUUAGAUCGAGCCAUGCAGGCUUCUUUGGAGCAGGAGAAGAAGCUCAACUGGUGUCGGGAGGUGAAGAAGAUGGUUCCCUUACGUACAAAUGGAGAUGGGAAUUGUUUGCUCCAUGCAGCCUCUCAGUACAUGCUGGGCGUUCAGGACACAGACCUGGUGCUUCGGAAAGCCCUCCAUGGUGUAUUGAAAGAGACAGACACUGGUGUCUUUCGGGCCCGUUUCCAGGCAGAGCUGCUCCAGUCUCAGGAGUUCACUCAGACCGGACUCCGAUACACCACCAUGAACUGGGAGGAAGAGUGGGAAAAGAUUGUAAAGAUGGCGUCUCCGGUCUCCAGUAGCAAUGGCCUCCAGUUUGAUUCUCUGGAGGACAUCCACAUCUUUGUCCUCUCCAACAUUCUCCGCAGACCCAUCAUCGUCAUUGCAGACCAAGUGGUCAGGAGUAUGAAAUCUGGCUCCUCCAUCUCUCCUCUGAAUGUGGGUGGGAUUUAUUUGCCGUUACACUGGCCACCUACUGAGUGCUACAAAUACCCAAUAGUGCUUGGCUACGACUCCCAGCACUUUGCACCUCUCAUUACCAUCAAAGACAGUGGUCCAGAGAUCCGAGCAGUACCGCUGAUUAACCCAGGUCGGGGGGGCUUCGAGGAGCUGAAGGUUCACUUCCUGAUGGAGAAGGAACAGCCACAGAAAGAGAGGCUUCUCAAAGACUACCUGCUGCUUAUAGAGAUCCCCGUCAUAGGCUUGGGCUACGAUGCGACACGGAUCAUCAAUGCUGCACGGUUGGAUGAGGGCAACCUCCCUGAAGACAUGAACCUGAUGGAGGACUACCUACAACUGGUCAACCAUGAGUACCAGCGCUGGCAGGAGGACAAGGAGCAGGCGUGGGCAGCCCAGCCGCAGCGCCCGCCGCCCUUCUCCGUCUCCCAGCUAUCCCUCAUCGAAAUCCGCUGUGCCACACCACGAUGCACCUUCUACGUCUCUGUGGACACGCAGCCUCAUUGCCAUGAGUGCUUUGAGAAGCGACAGGCCACUACUGGUGGAGGAGCGAGGAUAGAAGGGGUGGUGCAGACCAAAGGAGGAAGUGUACAAGGUGGGGUAGGAGUGAUAGGGGGAUCAGAGACUGAGGUUAGCUCCAGGGGAGCCCGAAGCAGUAGCCCCCCAUCCUCCUCAUCUGGAAGAGUUGUGGUGUUAUCCAGUCCCCGCUCUGCCCCACCCACUGCUCCCAGCCUCAGCCUGUACAGUGAAACUCAUGCCAUGAAGUGCAAGACACCCGGCUGCCUCUUUACCCUUAGUGUGGAACAUGAUGGACUUUGUGAGCGCUGUUUCAACUCCAGGCAGAAUCACGGACCCCCUGGUGCUGGAACGGCUGCUACGGGACUCCCAGGCCCCAAUGGGGGGCCUAUAGCCCCUCAUCCGGGCCAGGGCUCCGGCUGGACCCAGUGGGGGGGCUGUGAGACAGAGACAGAGCGCUGCAGCAUGUGCAGACAGGAGGCGUUCAGGAUAUUCAAUGGCCUGUGUCCACCCUGCAUGCAGAGACAGCAAGCUCCAGAGAGGGGAGAGCCACAGCAAAACAACCCCAGGACUGAGACCACAUCUUCAGCUUGGAGCCAGACAAGGGACCCUGAACGGCCGUGCCUCCCCCUAACCCAAGGGCACACCUCAGCCUGGCAGACCCCUCUGGCCCGGCCUUGUAAAAGAUCUGGCUGCCAGUUCUUUGGGACGCCAGAGAAGUUGGGUUUCUGCACUAUUUGCUACGUAGACUAUCAGACCAACCACCACCUGACCCCUCCACCUGCCCCGGUCCAGAACCGGCAUGGUUUGGAGGCAGGCUUCCAAAAUGCCUCACGGUGUCGUGGGCCUGGGUGUGGUGCGGUUGGCAAGGCAAUGCUGGAGGGCUACUGCGACAAGUGCUACGUCAAAGAGCAAAGCACACGGCUUAACCAAGUGGCACAUCGCACACCACACUCCCCUCCUUUGGUCAUGCGUGACCGAGCAGCUAAACCCAGAUCUUCACAGCAAUCCCAGACCCAGACCCAGACCCAGACCCAGAUUCAGUGCCGGCGGAGUGGCUGCAGUAAUGUAUCCCCGGGUUGCACAGACCUCUGCCCAGAAUGCCACACACGUGGCCAAGGCAGAGAGGCAGGCAGGCGGGCGCAGGCGCCCAAGGAGAAGUCUAAGCAGCGGUGCCGGACGCAGGGCUGUGACCACUACGCGAACCAAGAGAAACAGGGCUACUGCAACGAGUGUGACCAUUUCAAACAGAUUUACCGCGGCUGACCACAUACGCACCCAUGCAUCGAUGAUGAUGACACAUCGCUAGCACGCUAGAGCCGCUGCCCUGCUAUGGGCGCCCCAUGCCAGUCAAUGCACCUCUGAUACUAACUAACCAACUAACUAACUAGCUAGUGACUAACUAGUAACCUUAUGGCCUGAAAAUCAAACCCCCCAUGUAGAAUGUGAAGAGAGAGCGUGUGUACGUGGGGGGGGGAGUGUGUGUGCGUGUGUGUAUGUAUGUGUGUGUAUGUGUGUGUGUGUCUGUGUGUGUGUUCACAGUAGACAUGGCCUCCAGAAUACCUCUUUGUGCAAUUAUUAUCAUCUGAUGUGCUGUGUACACUUACACGGUGAGAGGUUUGGCUACAUGUCAGAGCAACUGACUUAACUCUUGUGUACAAUAUGUAUUUAGAGGUACGCAGUGAAUCGUGCCGGACAAAAUGAUUGUAUGUUGACAUAACGAAAAGCAUCUGACAUUGCUUUCUAGACCACAGCCAAGGAUUUAUACCCCCGUCUGUCUGAUUGUCGGUCUGUCUGUUUGACUGUCUAUCUGUCUGUCUGUCUUAACCCAACUGUGUAUCUGUCUGCCUGUCUGUCUAGCAUUUGCUCUGUAGAGAGAGGGAUGCAGUAGUUGGGGAUGUCCAGCAACAUGUGUGGAAGUAGUUUAGCAGAAGUGAACCGAGACUGGGCCAAAGCAAAGAAAAUGAAGUGCUUGAAAUAAUGAAAUGGUGUCCACAACUGUUUAGCUUAGUUCUCCAAAAUCACUCUUAUAUCCUCUAAAAAUAAACCAGAGAAGAUUUGCCAAAAAAGGCUUUUGCAAUCAAUACUAUACAAUUAUCAAGAAUUAAUUUUUUUCCAUUAGUCAGUCAAUUGCAGUGUUAUAUUUUAAGGCAAAUUAACUUUAAUAUUCUUACUCUAUUAUGAAGUUAACGUUGUAAAUUGCUUGAUAUAGAAAGUAAGAAGAGACCAUGUGGCUAAACAGUGCAAGACAGACAGGGCAGGCCCCUGCUAGUUUUGGUGCUACAUGUACAGAAAUACAAGCCUCUGCUUUGUAGCCAACAUGCUGGCGGUGUCAGUGGACAGAAGGCAGAGAACACAGUAGAGACAGGACUCAUUCUUUUUCUAUUCCUCCCUUCCUUCCUCUUAUUUCCCCCCUUCUCCUCCAAAACAGAUCUGUUGCCUUGGACGUUGUUUUCCUGUUUACUGACUUAAGCACCUAGAAACUCAUACGCAGAUACAUGCGCACACAUACCUACACAUGCAUACACAAAUGUAGUAGCUCCAGUCCUGUCAAAAGGGGAUUGCCAACAAUAGAGAGAACUGAGAACAUAAUGACAGGUGAAGUCUAACUGGAACAUUAUCCAACUUACCACCACAUACACACACAUGCACACACAAACACAGCUCUGAGAGAUUGUAUGCGCCCCUCCCCAGCCUGAGGUGAUGUGUAGGUAAACAAACCUAUAAAUGCAUUCCUCUCUGCUCCACCCAACUGGAUGUGCCAAGGCGACAAUUUCCAAACGUCAGAGAGCAAUCCCAUUGCCUGCUUUGGCCAAUCUUGUUUAUCUGAAUGUGUUUUGUGCUGUUGCUACAACAGCACAGUAUUGGGGCUGAUCCUCGAUAAGUUUUGCCUUUAAGUAGUGAUUGAAAUUUUAUGGACCAGAGGAGCCUGAUCAGUGAUCCUGGAUCAGUGCUCCCACCUAUAAAAUGCUUUUGUGAAUAUGGAUCUUGGUCCAUACUGUAGGACCUUCCAACCCGAUGCCUCAUCUCCAACACACACACACACAACGCACAUGUGUGCGUCUGGAAUACGCAAAACUGACAUUCCUGUUUUCUUAUUUUAAUUUGUUUUGGGAUUUUUUAAUGUAUUUUAAUAUAUUUGGUUUUGUUUCUGCCAAAAAAAAAUACAUGUGCCAUCAAUCACCAAACAGUUGUUGUUACCUCCUUAAAAUGGCCAGCCUGGACCAUUCUAAACUAACUAGAGUGCCACAGAUAGACAUCUUCAAUUCCGCAGACUAGAGCUUAUCAAGAUCUCUCAUGUUGAAAAUCCCCUAAAUGGGCACCAUCUUUCCACUGAGUGCUUAUUUUAUUCUGAUUCGUAGAAAUGUUUAUCUACAGAGCUCUUCUCAAGAGUAAAACAUUCAUCAAACUAACUCAAAUGUUAUUUAAAUCGGAACAGUUAUUUCCCUCAUAGUUCUGCUGAAGAUCUUUGCUGCUGUGGUCAGAUGUCCAUCUGUGGCCCUAGUUAGACAAGCAUAGACAAACAGGCUUUCGGUCUGCCUUUUCAUUCAACUGUAUCUAAAGCUGUCGGGCCACCCGACGUGUUGACGGCCUGUACGUAGAUCUCUGUGUGCUUUAAUCACCUCUAGAAAAACCUUAAUCAAUUAAAGGCCAAUUAGUGGUAGGCUCAUCAAGAUCUCUUUAACAAGAUUUUGGUAGGUCUGACUGAGUUUGACUGGGAGGAGAUCACAUAAGUUGCACAUGACUUGUCUAAGCUGCUGAGGCAUUUAGGAAUGGUACUCCGACUUGCUUAGGGACAUUCCAACAGUAGGAAGAGCAUCCGCUUAAGAGCAGAAGGUGUAACAAAACAUGCAAACGGUGUGGAAGUUUCUUUGUGUGACCUUUUGACAAUAGGGUAUUGUAUGAAAAAAAGCCUGGUUUUAUUUGUUAAGUAUUUAUUCAUAUCAAGAUAUCUGUAUUGUGUGAUUCAAUAAUUAUUUAUAUGUUGUCCUGAAAUGAAUUAUUUUUAUUAAGAAAU